AUGCGUCCUCACAUCAUCGCUCUUCGAGUCUUCGUCCUUGCUCUUCAAUGGGCCCAUUUAGCUUUGACCGAGAAUGAUGCCGAGAGAAGCCCUCUUUGCAAGAAGAUAGAAGAUGAGGGCCACGAGUUGACAGCCGAGCAAGCCAGCUCGAUAGUCGGUCCAUGGGCCCAGGCCCAAUUCGACGAAUGGAAAUCUGUCGACUCAAGAGGUCAUUUUUGGACUUGGCUGCAUCGCAAAUGGGCGCCAGACGCAGCGGAUUCCAUAAUCAACUGCAAGCUGUCUUCAAAAUGCUCGCCCGUCACAUGCCGAUUCAUUGAUGAUCAACAAGACAUAGAGGAUCAAUGGAGCGCUUUCUGGACUCUUGAGAUGGUCACCAACUUGCACAAUAUGGCUUGGGAGAUUAGAAAUUCUAAUCAAGAAGCAUGGCUCAGCGUACGCGGCGAUCUGGCAACCAUCAUGGGAAAAUUCUCGGAUGGUAGCAAUAUUGAGAAACACAAAGCGCAGCACGAUCGGCACUGGAAGAUUGCAAGUCAUAUCAUCACCACAGUCGCCAUGCUACUUUCUGCUAUUGGUGUUUGGUUGAGUGCUGGUGCGGGUGUUGGUAUCAUAAGCGCUGAAGCGGCUGUUGGAGCAGCAGCGGAGGCUGCGGGAACGGCAGCGCCAGCAAAACUCUUGGGAACUUUGACAGUCGAGCAGGUCAGAAUGAUCAGUUCUUCAGCAGGUCUGUUUGGCACCACAGGUACAGCUGCUCUGAACUUUGGAACGGACAUGAUCGAGGCCAAAAAUUACGUAUCCAAGACGACCAGCAUGCUUGAGCAUUCCCAGAAGAUGAACCAGGACCGCAUAGUGGACAGAUUCGACAGCUACCUCAUGAGCUUGUUUGCCGGUGACCAAAGCCUUAUCGACAUGAUCCAACAGGGUAGAUACACAAACUCGACUUCUGUUCACACUCCCAACAUCAACACGGCUCUUCGACAACAAUGGGCUGCAUCUUAUAUAUCCAGCAUCUGGAACGUCGAAAGGACUUAUAUCGUCAUGGCCAAUACCAGAAACUGCGAAGCCGACUCGCGAGGAUUCAAGGGUCUACGUGUCUGUUUGGAAGAAGCACCAAAGUACGUCUUCUAUGCCUUCUCAAAAUCCAUCGUUCGAGAGGGCACGAAUCACAAGGCCUUGAUUCGGGGUCCCAUCGGUCACAAAGAGCUCAAAUCGUUUACCGGCUUUACUUUGAAAGAUGCCGUGCGUGCCUCUUAUGUGUACUCCAUGCGUCACGGUUAUAGUGCCAAACAAGGAGCACCCGAAUCGGAAGACAUGCUUGAUAGCUUCUAUGGCCCGAAGUCAAUCGAGGCAGGCGGCAGAGCUCAUGGAUUGUUCAACAUUCCCAUUCUGUAUUCUCCUGGAGGCCAGGCCAUAUCGUCCAUCAAUUCCAGACACAAUCGAAAUUAUCCAUGCAUGGCUGCAGCGCUUCCAUGGUCGACAGAACAUCACAACCGCGAUUCCUCUCUGGAAGCAAGAAAUUCUGGGAGUGAGAAAUGGGCUGACAACGAUCCCAAGACCAUGUUCCAAUUCCUCAACGUCACCGGAUUCUACAAGUCCGGGGACUGGUGGAGCUAUUGUACCUGCAGCCGAAAGCACCAUGGGAACCACUGUCGCGGCAACAAGAAGAUCAAUUGGGAGGGCAAGUUCGGGCCGGACCAGUACAAGAAGAUCCAUCAUCCAUUCAAGGAAUGCAAAGGCCGUAAACACGAUUUUGUGGGUUGUGAGAGACCCAACAACAAUGGCUACGAUAAGAAUAAGUGUGGCGGCAAGCACAAUAUCGCGCUUGGACUUGCAGAAGGCGAUGUCCAGGGGUAUAACGAGACAGCAUUCGAUUUGGAAGGGAUGUCGGAUGACGCAGCCGAUCCUGGAGAUAGUGAAGACGAGGGAGACCAAUCGGACUGGACUGAUGGAGAAGACGAGAGUGAUGAUGAAGAGGAAGGCGAUGAUUCCGAGCUGCCGGCUUCUCAGGAGAACAAGACCACCAACGUCGCUCCGUCUCGUGCUUGA